AAGAAGUGGAGAUGAAAGUCAGACCAGGAGACAACAUCACUCUCUACUGUGAUCGCUCUCUAACUCUUGGUUCUAUCGUUGUGUGGAUAAGAAACUGCUCUCAUGAAAAUCAACCGUCUCUCAUAAUAGAUUUUAGGAAACUGGACGUGGAGAUAUUUCAGCGAUUCAGAUUUAUUCACAAUCCCUACAGUAAAUCCUAUGAUCUACAUAUUACUAACAUCAGUGUGUCUGAUCUGGGACUGUACUACUGUGCAAAACUAGAGAUGAAGGUAAAUGAAGAUGAAAAAGGCUUCAUCUCGCAAUCUGAGGUGUAUUAUUAUGGAAACAAAACAACUCGUCUUUCUCUGGAAGUAACUUCCUGUUCUGGACCCCUGGACACCCCCUCCACACCACCUCCUGUAUCAGACUGUGUGCUCUGCUGGAUGCUGCUGUUCAGUGUGUGUCCCCUGUGUGUUCUCCUCUCCUCCAUCUGUGUGUACUGCCUCUGUUGUAGGAAAGCUACAGAUUCUGCAACUGAUCAAAAAAACAAGCUGAAAAGUCGAAAUAUUAUUGAGGAAAAUUAUGAUAGCGAAGUGUGUUAUGCAUCUGUGGACUUGAUGACCAGGAGACAAAACCGACAAAAGAAAACACAAAUGCAGAGUUCAGAUUUCACUACUUACGCUCCUGUCCGAACAGAAACUUAAUAGAUUAGAAAGCUGAAGGAGCCAUUUUCAUUGAAAUAUUAUGCUUAUGGCAUGUUUAUUGUUAAAAAUGUUUGU